AUGUCAAAUCAUUAUUUCUCCCCCUUUCUGUACACCAAUCAUAUCACGUCAAACAAUUAUUCUACCUCUCUUCUGUACAGUAAUCAAUUCAAAUCAUUACCUCUCCUUCUGUACAUCGCGUCAAACAAUUAUUCUACCUCCCUUCUGUACAGUAAACACAUCAUGUCAAAUCAUUAUUUCUCCUCCUUUCUGUACACCAAUCAUAUCACGUCAAACAAUUAUUCUAUCUCUCUCUUCUUAAUCACAUCAUGUCAAAUCAUUAUUUCUCCUCCUUUCUGUACACCAAUCACAUCAUGUCAAAUCAAUUAUUCUCUCCUUCUGUACAGUAAUCACAUCAUGUCAAAUCAUUAUUUCUGCUCCUUUCAAUACACAAUCACGCGUCAAACAAUUAUUCUACCUCUCUUCUGUACAGUAAACACAUCAUGUCAAAUCAUUAUUUCUGCUCCUUUCUGUACACCAAUCACAUCGCGUCAAACAAUUAUUCUACCUCUCUUCUGGACAGUAAUCACAUCAUGUCAAAUCAUUAUUUCUGCCCCUUUCUGUACACCAAUCACAUCGCGUCAAACAAUUAUUCUACCCUCUCUUCUGGACAUAAUCACAUCAUGUCAAAUCAUUAUUUCUCCUCCUUUCUGUACACCAAUCACAUCGUCAAACAAUUAUUCUACCUCUCUUCUGUACAGUAAACACAUCAUGUCAAAUCAUUAUUUCUCCUCCUUUCUGUACACCAAUCACAUCGCGUCAAACAAUUAUUCUACCUCCCUUCUGUACAGUAAACACAUCAUGUCAAAUCAUUAUUUCUCCUCCUUUCUGUACACCAAUCACAUCACGUCAAACAAUUAUUCUAUCUCUCUUCUGUACAGUAAUCACAUCAUGUCAAAUCAUUAUUUCUGCUCCUUUCUGUACACCAAUCACAUCGCGUCAAACAAUUAUUCUACCUCUCUUCUGUACAGUAAAAACAUCAUGUCAAAUCAUUAUUUCUCCUCCUUUCUGUACACCAAUCACAUCACGUCAAACAAUUAUUCUACCUCUCUUCUGUACAGUAAUCACAUCAUGUCAAAUCAUUAUUUCUCCUCCUUUCUGUACACCAAUCACAUCACGUCAAACAAUUAUUCUACCUCUCUUCUGGACAGUAAUCACAUCAUGUCAAAUCAUUAUUUCUGCUCCUUUCUGUACACCAAUCACAUCGCGUCAAACAAUUAUUCUACCUCUCUUCUGGACAGUAAUCACAUCAUGUCAAAUCAUUAUUUCUCCUCCUUUCUGUACACCAAUCACAUCACGUCAAACAAUUAUUCUACCUCUCUUCUGGACAGUAAUCACAUCAUGUCAAAUCAUUAUUUCUCCUCCUUUCUGUACACCAAUCACAUCACGUCAAACAAUUAUUCUACCUCUCUUCUGUACAGUAAACACAUCAUGUCAAAUCAUUAUUUCUCCUCCUUUCUGUACACCAAUCACAUCGCGUCAAACAAUUAUUCUACCUCCCUUCUGUACAGUAAUCACAUCAUGUCAAAUCAUUAUUUUUCCUCCUUUCUGUACACCAAUCACAUCACGUCAAACAAUUAUUCUACCUCUCUUCUGUACAGUAAUCACAUCAUGUCGACUCAUUAUUUCUCCUCCUUUCUGUACACCAAUCAUAUCACGUCAAACAAUUGUUCUACCUCUCUACUGUACAGUAAUCACAUCAUGUCGAAUCAUUAUUUCUCCUCCUUUCUGUACACCAAUCACAUCACGUCAAACAAUUGUUCUACCUCUCUACUGUACAGUAAUCACAUCAUGUCAAAUCAUUAUUUCUCCUCCUUUCUGUACACCAAUCACAUCACGUCAAACAAUUUUUCUACCUCCCUUCUGUACAGUAAUCACAUCAUGUCAAAUCAUUAUUUCUCCUCCUUUCUGUACACCAAUCAUAUCAUGUCAACCAACGUUUUAACCUCCCUUCAGUACACCUAUCUACCACUUCACGUCAAACUAUUAUUGAGCUCUCUUUUGUCCACCAACCACGUCAAAUAA